CUUAAGGAGUAACAGUAUCGUGUUUCGUAUGUGCGUCAUUAUUGUUUUCUUUUGUGGCCAGAUAAACACGGUUUCUCGCAUGAUCUCCAUUAUUUAUUCACUAGUUAAAUGAUGGUUGUGAAGUCGGUGUCGUUGGUCGAGUUAAAAAAACAACAAUGGGCAAAAGAAAAAGAAGAGCUGGUAAAAUUAAACAAUUACUGGAGAAAUCAAAACACGCCAAUUGUUUUCAAUGAUCAGAGGGAUCAUGUUAUUUAUCCGGAAAUACGUUCAAAUGACAUUGAUCGUCUAGCCACAUACAAAGAUUUACAAACACAAAAAAAUUUAAGUUUUCCUCCAAUUUCUCACGAUAAUCAAAAACAAAACAUACAAAACAAUACCUACAUUAAUAAAAUCGAAAAAGAUCUAAACAUCGAUACUGGAGUGAUGGAUGAUUCUAAACCAAAAAGCACUCAUACUAUAUUAAAUCGGACAUACACAAUUUCAAAAGAAAACAAUACUAUUGAAGGCGGAGGGACACUAGAAAGACAAAAGUGGGACAAGCAAUAUAAUGGUGGAUUCAAUCCUUCAAACUUCAAUUCAAAUGAGAGAAAAUAUUUAACCAAUGAAAGAAAUGAGACACCAGCAUGGGUAGAACAUUCAUCAGAAAAACCUUCUGCAACAAACGAAAUUGGAAAAACACAAUUCCAAGACACUCAUAAAGCUUCAGAUUUUGGAGGUAGCUGCGACACUUUAAGUUCAUUAGAUUCAAACAACGUUUAUAACAGGACUUACUUGCUAGGUCAAAAUAUUCCUUUGACCACUGAAGAAUUAGCCGCUAGAGAAGUAAAACGGCAAAAAGCCAUGGAACUUCAAGAAGCUAUAAAACAACAGUUAAAAGAAAGACAAUUAAAAAAAAAAGAAGAACUCGAAAAGAAAAAACAGGACGAUUUAGUUGAAGAACGACGUAUACAAAGGCAGCAAGAAAUUGAAAAGAAACGGCUAGAAGACGAGUUGAGACGACAAAGGGAAAAAGAAUUGUGUGACGAACGCAAAGCAAAAGCGAUGCAAGAAGUUUUGGAGAAUGCACAAAAACAAGCAAAGGAGGACAAAUCCAAACACAUGCAAAAAAAACGACAAAAUCAGGAAGAAAUCAAAGAACGAAUUUCCACAGAACCUGUAGUGGUAGUUAGUAACUGCAGUGAACCUAAUUUAGAGCCUAAAGUUUGCCUAGAACCCAAGGCACAAUCAAACGUACCUAGUCCAGUAGAGAUUAAAGAGACCCCUAAGUUGCCAGACGUCGACGUGACACUUCAAACUUCACUCUCUCCACUAAACCGCCAAAAAUUGUUGACGCCGAGCAAAUUUCGGAGUCAGACCACUAGUGUUGCAAUUCAAACCGAUAUUUUAAAGAAACCCACGAAAACUUCGGUUGGUAGUGUAUAUCAAAAAUCUAUAGAUUUGGACCAAAGGCCUAAAUGGGGAGUGAACAGACCAGAAGUACAGUACAUCAAGCAAAGUGCCAAAGAUCCGAAUUACCAGUUGAAACUGAGACAAAAGUCGCCAUGGACCAGACGGAUAAGCAAUACAAAUUCAGCGAAAAGCCAAUCACCAAACGUAAACGGACGAGCUGGCUUUACGUAUCCGGACAAUUAUUCAAAAAAGACGUUUGCAUACGGCCGGCCAAAUUUUGCAGAAAUGAAAAACAGUAAUAGUGUUCCAAAUAAAACUCCUUCGUUGUCAGAAAGCAUAUCGGUUAGUGAUGUGUUAUACCAAUUAUCAUCGUUACGAAAAGUACUGGAAACCAAACGAAAACAUUGGAAAAGUGUUAUUGCUGACGAAUCACCGUCAUCAGAUUCUUCAUGAUUAUUUAGUAUUAAAUUUAUAAAUCAUUAAUAUUACCUCAAUAUUAGGACUAGGAACUACUGCAGACAACUGAGACAACAGUAGAAAAAAACAUAACCAACAAACUAACUUCAAAUACUAAAGAAUAUUAAUAACAUUUUCAUAAAAAAAAAUUGUUUGCCAUACAUAUUUUUUCCUACGGUUUCAGCACUUUCAAAUAAAAUGUAUGAAAGAAGCAUUGAUCAAUUAGUUUAAGGGUAUCUACCUAGUACCUGCAUAACUGAAAAAUUACUUAACUUAAAAGUUCAAACGUUAAAAAUUUUUUUUUUUCAUUAUAAUUUUUUUCUUGUUAAAAACAUUUAAUUUUGUUGAAUUGCUUUUAAGUAUUAGGUAUAAAUGUAUAAUUGUUCUAUGUUAAAAUAUAGAACUAUAGUAAAUCAGACAUUAUUAUAAUUUAAACUUCUAAAAUGUACAACCUUCGAUUGUUAUUUUUUAAUUAGGUAUCUAAAUUAUAUAGGGAUGUGUAUAUAAUAUUGUAAAUAACAAUUAUUAUAUGUAUAAAUACGACUUAUGCGUUAUAUUAUAAACUUUUAUAGUAAACGCAUGAAAUGUUGUGAAAUUUUAAGUUCAAUUAAAAAUUAAAAGUAUAGGUAAUUUACCACAGAAACGUAUUUAUAAAAUUGGUUAAAGUUUUAAAAUGUAGCUACGAAACAAAAUUUAACAUUAUAUAAUAAGUACCAGUACCUUUAUUAAUUAGAAUUAUUGAAUUAUAUUAUAUUAAAAUAUUAUUAUA